AUGAGGGAUCCGGAUGCGGAGGCGGCGUCGCGCCGGCGGUGGACGCUGGUGCUGGUGAACCUGGCGUCGGUGCUGGAGAAGGCGGACGAGGUGCUGCUGCCCGCCGUGUACAAGGAGGUGGGCGCCGCGCUGGGCGCCUCCCCGACGGCGCUGGGCUCCCUCACCCUCUGCCGCGCGCUCGUGCAGGCCGCCUGCUAUCCGCUCGCCGCCUACGCCUCCGCGCGCCACGACCGGGCCCGCGUCGUCGCCGUCGGCGCCUUCCUCUGGGCCGCCGCCACCUUCCUCGUCGCCAUCUCCGGCAGCUUCCUCCAGCUCCCUCGUCGCCGACCACACCGACGACCACACCCGCGGCGCGGCCUUCGGCUGGCUGCAGAUGACCUGCAACCUGGGCUCCAUCCUGGGGGCUCCUUCGGCGUGCUGCUCGCGCCGAUCACCUUCCUCGGCGUCGCCGGGUGGCGGGUCGCCUUCCACGCCGUGGCCGUCAUCAGCGUCGCGCUGGGCGUGCUGAUGUGGCUCUUCGCCGCGGACCCGGCGAGUCCGGCCGCCAAUAAGUCCAAGAACGCGGCCUCCGCGACUGAGGAAGCCAAAGAGCUGCUCCAGCACGCCCGGCGCGUCCUCGGGGUGACCACGUUCCAGAUCAUCGUCGCGCAGGGGAUCGCCGGCUCCAUCCCGUGGUCCGCGCUCAACUUCUCCGCCAUGUGGCUGGAGCUCGUCGGGUUCACCAACUGGGAGACCAGCGUCAUCACGGGGCUGUACCUGUUCGCCACCGCGCUCGGCGCGCUCUUCGGGGGACUCAUCGGAGACCCCGUCGCCAGACGGUUCCCCAACACCGGUAGGAUCGCGCUGGCGCAGAUAAGCUCGGCGUCCGCGCUCCCGCUCGGCGCCAUCCUGCUGCUGGCGUUGCCCAAUGACCCGUCCACCGGCGUGGCGCACGCCGUCACGUUCUUCGUCAUGGGGUUCGCCAUCUCCUGGAACGCCGCGUCGACCAACAACCCCAUCUUCGCGGAGAUUGUGCCGGAGAAGGCGAGGACGACGGUCUACGCACUGGACAAGUGUUUCGAAGCGGUGUUUGCGUCGUUCGCGUCUCCCAUCGUCGGUGUUCUUGCGGAGCGCGUGUUCGACUAUAAGCCGGUCUCGUCCGACACGAACGUGGACACGGACAGGGAGAAUGCCGCCGCGUUGGCAAAGGCUGUGUACACGGAGAUCGCCGUGCCCAUGGCCAUCUGUUGCCUCACCUACACCUUCCUGUACUGCACGUACCCCCGAGACAGGGAGCGCGCUCGAAAGGAGCUUCUGAUGGCAUCGGAUGACCAACUCGGUGGAGAAGCCAGUGACAAUGAUUCAAGUGCGGUUCAUACACGGGUAGACGAAGAAUCUUCUGUCAUCUCCUUAAAUCAGAGGCUAAUAUCUUGA